AUGUGGGACCUCAGAGGCGAGUCCUUGACCCAAUACCGACCGAAGCUUGAGUCGCAUCUUAAUGCGAUCAACCUUUUCUUGAAUACCCUCAUAUGGUACGUCCUAUGUCCGCCACCGAUCGCAUCGAACAAGAUGGCAUGCGACAAGGAAAAAGGACGAAGAGUUGCUUCACCAAGCAUCACGAUUCAACAAUACAUUGCUCCACCUGAUUCCGAACCCAAGUCGUACGGGACUGAGUAA